UCAGUACGUAUCUAAAUAAACAACAAGAAAGCUCGAAGUCGAGUUCGAGAGGCUUCAUUUAACACUUCCUGCAACAAGUUUUAAAUAUUUAAUUGGAAUGAUUUUGUAACUGAAUAAAAUGAAGAAAGUUUUAAUGGUGGCUGAAAAGUCAUCUUUAGCCACCUCAUUGGCGCAGAUCUUAUCAAAUGGCAAAUGCUCGUCUAGAAAGGCUAAUAACAACUGCCCGGUACACGAAUGGAGUGGACAAUUCCGCAAUCAAACGGUAUUGUUUCGUAUGACUUCCGUAUGUGGCCACGUAAUGAGCUUGGAAUUUGCAGGCAAAUAUAAUUCUUGGGAUAAAGUAGAUCCCAUCGAAUUGUUUGGCUGUCCCACCGAAAAAAAGGAAGCAAAUCCCAAAUUGCAUAUGAAUAGUUAUUUGGCACAAGAGGCACGGGGAUGUGAACAUUUGGUUUUGUGGCUAGAUUGUGAUAAAGAAGGCGAAAACAUUUGCUAUGAAGUCAUGGCGGCCGUAGCACAUGUCAUCCACAAUAUUUACAGUCGCAAUAUAACUUAUCGUGCUCACUUUUCUGCUAUCACUGAGAAAGAUAUCAAGAGCGCUAUGGAAACGCUGGGUUAUCCAAACGAGAAUGAAGCGAAAUCUGUGGAUGCUCGGCAAGAAUUAGAUUUACGUAUAGGAUGUGCUUUCACCAGAUUUCAAACGAAAUUUUUCCAAGGUCGUUACGGUGACUUGGAUUCAACUUUAAUUUCGUACGGACCUUGCCAAACACCAACAUUGGGUUUUUGUGUAAAACGGCACGAUGAUAUACAAACAUUUAAACCUGAAAGCUUUUGGUAUUUACAGUUGAAAGCUGGUGAACCAGAAUUUAACUUCGAUUGGGCACGGGUGCGAUUAUUCAAAAGAGAAAUAGCUACUAUGUUAAUGAAUUUGGUCAAACAACAAAAGGAAGCUUUAGUUGAAAGUGUUGUUUCCAAAGAGCAAUUUAAGGGUAGGCCGCAGGCUUUGAAUACCGUAGAACUAAUGCGUAUUUGUAGUGCCGGAUUAGGUAUAGGCCCCUUUCAAGCAAUGCAAAUAGCUGAACGUCUAUAUACUCAAGGAUAUAUCAGUUACCCGCGAACCGAGACCAAUCAAUAUCCAGCCAAUUUCGAUUUAAAAGCUGUAUUACAUAUUUUGAAAUCUUCAAGCGAAUUUGGGAGCGAGGCUCAAGUAAUUUUGGGUGAUUUCAAUCCACCUCGAAAAGGUAAAGAUGCUGGUGAUCAUCCGCCUAUCACACCUAUGAAAUUGGCUACCAGAGCCGAUUUUGAUGGCGAUACGUGGCGUAUAUAUGAUUUUAUAUGCCGUCAUUUUUUGGGCACAAUCUCUAAGGAUUUAAAAUAUCGCACUACUACCGUUAAAUUACGUGUUGGUACUGAAAUGUUUAGUUGCGUUGCAAACGUUUUAAUAGAUCCUGGCUUUACAAAGGUCAUGACAUGGCAAGCAUUUGCUCGUGAUGAUCCAAUACCACCUUUCGUGGAAGGUCAAAAGAUUACAAUAAAUGAUGUGCGCUUAGCCGAAAAUCAGACUAGCCCUCCAGACUAUCUCACAGAAGCAGAAUUGAUUACGCUAAUGGAACAGCAUGGUAUUGGGACAGACGCGUCCAUUCCCGUACAUAUUAACAAUAUAUGUCAGCGUAAUUAUGUAACCAUCGGAAGCGGUCGUAAACUUAUACCUACUACUUUGGGUAUAGUAUUAGUUCACGGUUACCAAAAGAUCGAUCCUGAGUUAGUUUUGCCAACUAUGCGUUCCGAAGUUGAGUCCAUGUUAAAUUUAAUUGCGAAAGGUUCAGCGAAUUUUAACGCCGUACUUGAACAUGCCAUAGAUAUAUUUCGUUUGAAAUUUUUGUAUUUCGUUAAGAAUAUUGCCAGCAUGGAUAGUUUGUUUGAAGUAUCGUUUUCGCCCUUAGCUGAAACAGGCAAAGCGCAUUCGCGUUGCGGCAAAUGUCGUCGUUACAUGAAAUAUAUCCAAUCGAAGCCGGCACGCUUACAUUGCUCACAUUGCGAUGAAACUUACUCUCUCCCAAACAACGGCACUGUAAAAUUUUAUCGGGAAUUUAAAUGUCCGCUUGAUGAAUUUGAUCUGCUAGUUUUUUCAACGGGCGCGAAAGGACGUUCUUAUCCUUUCUGUCCAUAUUGUUAUAAUCAUCCUCCCUUCAGGGAUAUGCCGAAAAAUGCUGGAUGCAAUUCUUGCACCCAUCCUACGUGCCCCCACUCGUUGAACAGCCUCGGUAUAUCAGGUUGCGUGGAAUGCGAGCAUGGAAUUUUGGUAUUAGAUUGUACAAUAACUCCGAGUUGGAAACUGGUUUGCAAUAGGUGCGAUGUUAUUAUCAAUUGCUUCAAAGGAGCAACCAAAGUGACGUGGCGGAAAGACAACCAACUUUGGCAAAUAACUCAAAUAAAAAGAUAUCGAUAUGAAAAAGAGAAUUCAAUGGCGGUAUUAAUAAAGCCGAUAGCCUUAAAUACUAGUGCUUUAAGCGCUUUUGUGUUCAGACGCCUUUGCCAAACAGCUAAAAACGACAACGAAAGCUAA